ACGACGACGACAGGCCAGGCUUAUUUACAUGGCGUCUCUCGUUUAAAGUGUCAGUCGUAUGAGGUGUGCUCGCUUAUUCGAUUACAGCCCUGUUGUUACGUGAAAAAUCGCAGAUAUUAGGAAAGGAGCAAGAUGGGAGGACAAAAGUUUCAAUAUGACGAGAGCGGUGGAACAUUUUUCUACUUCCUCAUCUCAUUUUUGGCACUUCUUCUCGUCCCCGGGACUUACUAUUAUUGGCCACGUAGUACAGUUGAAGAUCCUGAGAAGGAAAGAAAAUUAUGUCAAUGCGCCGGUUGCAAACGGAAAAGAAAAAUAAUGGAAUCCAGCGAACCAUGGAAAGGGGCUAAAAAUUUUAUGAAGAAAUUGCUGAUUGUUUUGGGCUGGGUUUUCCUUAUUUUCCUGACUUACAAGGUUUCCCAAUUUGAUUAUGAAAUGGCAAACUUUGAUCCAUAUGACAUCCUUAAAGUCUCAUCUGGAGCUUCACAAGCAGAAAUUAAGAAGGCCUACAGAAAACUUUCCCUAAUUCUCCAUCCAGACAAGGAGACUGGAAAUGAGAAAGCCUUCAUGAAGCUCAAUAAAGCUUACCAAGCGUUAACUGAUGAUGAGGCAAGAAAGAACUGGGAAAAAUAUGGAAACCCUGAUGGUCCUGGCGUUAUUAACUUUGGUAUCGCCUUGCCCUCGUGGAUUGUAGAGAAGGAAAAUUCUGUUUGGGUGCUCGGUUUAUACGCGCUGGUGUUCAUGAUCGCCCUGCCCACCGUUGUUGGAAUGUGGUGGUACAGGUCGAUUCGGUACUCAGGAGAUCAGGUACUUCUGGACACCCAGCAACUAUAUUACUACUUUUUCCACAAAACGCCGGUCAUGCCGCUCAAGAGGGCGCUCAUGAUUUUGGCAGCGUCGCUCGAGUAUGACAAAAAGCACAACAGUGAGAUCGUUGAAAGGCCCUCGGACAACGUUGAGCUGCCCCAGUUGAUUCGCAACAUCGAGAAUCUGAAUGAAAAGACGCGAGAACGUCCUCUGAGUGAUGCCUACUCCCUGAAGGCCCGUGCGUUGCUCUUCGCACACAUGGGUCGAAUGUUGCUGCCUGAGAACUCGCUGGAGAUCGAUCGGCAGUACAUAGUCAAGAAGUGCCCCUACCUCAUCCAAGAAAUGGUCAAUUGCGUUUCUCAGCUCAUCAUGUUGGCUUAUGCCAGGAGAAUUAACAUGCUGCCGAAGAUUGAGACCAUUGAGAACGUCAUGAAGCUCAGCCCCAUGAUUGUACAAGGCCUGUGGGACAACAAGAGUCCACUCCGUCAGCUACCUCACAUUCAGGAGGAAAAUCUCAAAUGGUUUUCUUCCAAGAAGCGUCACAUUAAAAACCUCCAGCAACUUGCUCAACUACCAGCUGAAGACAGAAGAGCACUGUUGAAAAGCAUACCUGAUGAAAACUAUAGUGAUAUAAUGAAAGUUUUAGGGAACAUGCCAUAUAUUGAUUUCCAAGUGAGAUGUGAAGUUAUCGACGACGAGGAGCCAACCGUCUACACUGCUGGUGCUAUUGUGACAGUCACAGUGAUUUUAGAGCGUAAGAGCAUGGCAGUCCUGUUCGGUGACGAGUCAGCCCCCGACAAAACCGCGUAUGAAACGAAAGAAGACGAAGAGGAGACCGAGAAGAAAGAGGAUGCCGCCCAGGUGAAAAAGCCCCCUGCAUGGUUGAAGCAGAAAAAGGGCAAGAAGAGCAGCAAAAAGGGCUCAAAGAAGCCGGCACCGAGUGCGGUCAAACCGACCACCGCCGCUGCCGCCGCGCCUGCACCAGCUGCUGCGACACCAAACACAACAUCGAGCAACAAGAAGAGUCUGGAUAAAGUGGAGGAGGAAAAGAAGGCAGAGUUGUCAGCGGAUCCAGAGGAUAGUGAACUGUCUGACGAUGAAGCGGAGCAGUCAGUAGACAGCGACGAUGAGCCGGCAAACAAAAAAAAGUCGUCCAAUGUUGAUGAUGACGAUAAAGAGUGGGAGAAGUUCCAGGACAAGUUAGCCAAAAGAGAAAAAGUCUUAGAGGGAAGAAGCAAAACCUCGCACAGUGUUCAUUGCCCGCUCUACCCAGAGGACAAGCAAGAGUACUGGUGGGUUUACAUUAGCGAUAGGAAGAGCCACACUCUUCUAACUGCACCAUACCACGUGACAGCGUUAGUUGACACAGAGGAGAUUCAGCUGAAAUUCACUGCUCCCAGGUGGCCGGGUGUCUACACAUUCACAGUUUGCUUACGCUCCGAUUCAUAUCUAGGCUUUGAUCAGCUUCAUGACAUUAAGCUUGAUGUUAAAGAGGCGCCUGAAGAAAUUACCGAUCAUCCCCAGUGGGAUUUCCCUGAAGGGGAGGAAGAAAAGGAGGGCGAGGGAAGCGACCUUUCAGAGUUCACAACAGAUGAAGAUGUCGAGGAUGAUGCGGAGUGAAAACUGUGUGCCUGGAUUGCGCUGUGUUGGCUAUGUUGAUUAUUUUGUUACGUACUAUUUUUUUUGUAAAUGUUAAAAAGUGUACUUGUAACACACAAAAAAAAUUGUUAAUGUUGCUAAAUAUGAACUAUAAUUUAUUGAAGGUUGCCAACUGGACAAAACAGUCAAAUAUUGUGCUGGGCUUUAACUGGAACAUGUGGAUGUGUGACGCACAGUGUAGAGCAUCAAAUAAACAAUUCUUAUAAACAUUUGCAAUGAAA